AUGGUGGCCCACUUCCACGAAGUCCCGCCCAUCCACGACGUCCCCGUCAUCAGAGACGUUCCCGUGAUCCACGAUGUCCCCUUUGACCGCGACGGUCCGCCCAUCCACGGUCUCGCCUCCAUCGCCACCGCCCUUCUUGCCAGCACUAUCGCCCUCCUCAUCUUCUACUACCAGCGCCACCGCAACAUUUCCGCCCCCGGAAACCUUCGAACCGGUCCACCAUCUCCCCGGAGCCUUAACAACACCACCAGCAGCUCAUCCACCAAAUCCAGCGGCUUGGUCGUCUCCGUACACCAAUCACCGAACCACGCCUUCACCAAAACCCCUCUACGCUCAAUAACCCUUGUCGCUGGUUUGGGCGUCCAAGGCGACGCCCAUGUCGGCGCCACAGUCCAGCACCGCUCGCGCCUGCACAUCCGGCCCGCACCACCAAAUCUCCGACAAGUCCACCUCCUCCACGCCGAAAUCCUGGAGGAGGUAAACGUCAAACCAGGCGAGUUAGGCGAGAACAUCACUACACGCGGUCUCGACCUUCUAGCCCUUCCUCACAACGUCGACGACCACGAGAAGCUUGAGUCGGCGACGAGGCUGCCUGAGUCUCCGCCGCCGCAAAGCCCCGACGACAAGGCGCCGCUGGAUCUGUGCGAAACCUCAAAGGAAGCACCCUGCGUCCGAGUCACGGGUCUGCGUAAUCCUUGCGCGCAGAUCAACACGUUCCGACCUGGUUUACAAGAACAUUUCAUCGAGCGGGAUAGCCAGGGUAAUAUCACGAAGCGAAAAGCGGGGGUCAUGGGAGUUGUCCAGGUUGGCGGAAAGGUUACGGUGGGCAUGCGGAUUGUGGUCGAGCGGGCGGACGAGUACGUGCCGUUGGAACCAGUGUAA